AUGGGCCUCUGUGGAUCUAAGGAAAAAUCUGAAGUAUCUGGACAAAGAAAGCAGGGGGGGUCUUCGAAAGCACAAUCUUCUACUGGCAGAAGAGGGUCAUCGGAUGCGGCUGGAGAAGGUACCUCGACAUCAACGGCUUCGAUUAAACAUGGAGAUGGCACCAGUGGGGUUAAAAAAACAUCUACGUCAACAAUCAAUACUACGUCCAAUGGUAAUACAUUCGGUGGAGGGGGCGCCACAGAAAAUUCAAUGACUACCAACAACAAAACAGAGGUUAAAAUGCUUCUAUUGGGAUCAGGAGAAUCCGGAAAGUCCACUAUUCUUAAACAAAUUAAAAUUAUUCAUCAGAGUGGUUUCAGCAAGAGGGAACUUUACGAUUACAAGCCAUUUGUAUUCAAGAAUAUAAGUGAGUGUGCAGAAGCUAUAAUCAAGGCAUUGAGGCAGUUUGACUUGGAACAGGAACUUGAAACGUUAACUUCACAGGAUUUAGAUGACAUACUUAGCUAUGAGGUGCCUAUGGAUGAAGAUAGUGAGGAUCUGAAGUUGGAAAUCGGUGAUAACGUUAAAAAACUAAUUGCUGAACCGGUGGUGAACAAAUUGUUAGAGCAACACAUAGGGAGCUUCUACAUUAUGGACUCUGCCAAAUACUUUUUCAGCAACCUGGACAGAAUUACUGCUGAAGAGUAUAUUCCAGAUGUGACAGAUGUUAUCAGAACGCGUAAACAGACUUCUGGUAUCUACGAUACACGAUUUCAAUUGGAAGACAUCGAUAUUCAUCUCUACGAUGUUGGUGGUCAGAGAUCCGAGAGAAAGAAGUGGAUUCACUGCUUUGAUAACGUUACAGUGAUCAUGUUCUGUGUGGCUCUAUCGGAAUAUGAUCAGAUGUUGUUGGAGUCAUCGACACAAAAUCGUAUGGUGGAGUCCCUCAACUUGUUUGAAUCAGUGGUUAACUCGAUGUGGUUCAGACGAACCUCUGUUAUUCUCUGUCUUAACAAGAUCGAUGUCUUUAUUGAGAAGUUACCCAGGUCUCCUCUAGAGAAAUAUUUUCCCGAUUAUGCCGGUGGAAAUGACGUCAAUAAAGCCGUCAAGUAUAUUCUCUGGCGUUUCAAGCAGCUCAACAGAGCAAAUCUCAAUCUGGUCCCUUAUGUUACUCAGGCUACAGACACUAACAACAUUAAACUAGCGUUUGCCGUAGUUAAGGAAACCAUUUUACAUAACGCUUUGAUGGAUAGUGGAAUUCUUAAAGCCUGA